AAGAUAACGCGUCGUAUCAAUGUGGGUACUCUUGGGUUCCCUGUGGCAAGAAUGAAUGCCGAGGAACGCCUGCUAGGUACUGCAGGGCGACAUGUUUGCGAUCCAAAGAUUUUUUUCAUUUCCCUCAAGAUAUUUCUCUACAUACGUACUUCAUGGAAAGCAGAGAMCGAUUUUUUURAAGAUGUCUUUACAGCCCAGAGAAAGCMUUCAUACAUCGAGAGCUGCCGCUCUUUUUUUUAAGAAACACGGCGCCGUAGUGACCGAAACAGCUACAAGCCAGCAAGACAAGAGCUUUUUUUUUGUUAUUCUGGGAUGGAAUGGUGCACAAGAUAGACACCUAGAGAAAUAUAGUGUUUUUUUUACCCAAAAGAACUAUGGGACGUUUAGAGUCACAGCCAAUGCUUUUGAUACAUUUUUUUUUCUUGAUAGYAAAGUGAAGGACAAUGGGCUCAAGUAUUUGCAGGUUCUUGAAGGCAUGGAUGUCUAUGACAGACCUGUCAUCUUUUAUGCGUUCAGUCAAGGAGGUGGUGCUGUGUUUUUUUUCAUGAUGCAAGCUAUAACMAUGCCACAAAGUSAAUACUUUGGUAAAAUUAAAGUUUUUUUUACAAUUUUUGAUAGCUGCCCCCUUAAACUAGACAUCAGUGGUAAACAAAGGCUUUUUUUUUGCAUCACAGAUAAUAUGAGUAAUCCUAUCUUAAAAACACUGGUCUGGUAUGGAUUUUUUUUUGUGGUUGAGGUUGGUGUUCGUUCAAGCUCUAUAAUGCCUCAUUAUAUGGAUGAUUUUUUUGCUUCUUCAUUGACRUGUAAUCAGCUGGUCCUUUACUCUAAGGCUGAUCUCUACUCACCGCAUGAAGACAUCACAGAUUACAUAGAUGCAMGGAGAAAGAGAGGAGUACAUGUUGUUUUUUUAUUCUGGGAAAACUCACCACAUGUYAGCCACUUUAAGGAGCACCCUGAGGAGUACCUGGGUCUUGUGAAUGAUUUUGUACGUGAUUGCCUCAUACCAGAAAAAAUGGAAACAAUUUCAUCAAAAUUAUAACUUUCUACUAAUAACAAAACAUCAGAGUUUUGAAUUUAUAUUUUGCUUUUUUUAUGUGAUUUUUACUGUAUAAUUGUACUUUUUUCAGUG